AUGGCCGCCGAACAAUUUGACACAUCUUGGAUGUGGAAUCCUGCUUUCAUCGAAAAAGCCACGUCUACUGCCGGUCGCUUCGUUCAUUUCCGCAAGACAUUCUUUGUCAAUGCGGAGAUACCGACAUCGCUUCCGAUUCAGAUCACGGCCGAUACGCGAUAUAAGUUAUACGUCAACAAACAAUUGGUCGCAUUUGGACCUGUCAAGGGAGAUGCGAAUCUCUGGUUCUACGAUGAGGUCGACAUCAGCCCGUAUUUACGUGUGGGAGAGAAUCAUAUUGCGAUUCAUAUCCUUCGACUCUUCCACGGGACGUCGUAUGGCACUAGCUUUCCGCGUCUGGGAACAGGUGGUGUCAGGAUUGCGACUGCUGUCGACGAUGAGGUCUGGGCACCGCAGAUUCGAAGUAGUGAGCUUUGGCAAACGGCGAUAGAUCACAAUGUGACUCUUCGUAUUGACGAGGAAGAGGAUGACUUUCUUCAUGUAUACGAACUGGUCUCUGCAUCGCACGAUACUAAGUUGGAGUGGAUUCCAGCGAUACUGCUCCGUUUUCAGAACUCUACUGGUGUCACAGCGCCGUGGAAACUGUCGCCACGUCUCAUCCCGCCGAUGAGAAGCCGGAGGUCUUACUUCAGCGCUAUUCACAACGUUAAAAGCGGCUUAUCUCAUGGGACUUGGAGUGCAGGACUGCUGGGUAUCCAGUCUGGAGAGAGUAAUCUCUUUCUUCCCGCUCGCUCAAGCCAUCAAUUCGACCUCGAGACUCCCAUCCAUACAACUGCUUUUAUCCGCUUCCGCUUUGUCCGACCGGAAGUUGGAGGCGCCUGUCUUACGAUAACGUAUUCUGAAAGCUAUGAGGAUUCUCCAGUCCUGAUUCCAUAUCUCCGCUGCAAAGGAAACAGAUGCGAUACAAGCAAGUUUCUCAUCGGGCCAAAGGAUAUUUAUACUUUCCGGGGAAAAGACGGAAAUCCGCGUCUGGGUUACUACGAUGAUGAAGAGACGGAGGAGGUAUACAUGCCAUUUCACUGGCGCACCUUUCGCUUCAUGAGACUCAACAUCGAGACUGGAUCAUCUGAUCUGAUCAUGCGCGGCAUCGAUAUAGACGUUGUGAGUUACCCAUUGGACGUUCUAUCAAACAUAAGCACGACCUCAGAUGACGGGACUUUGGGAGCGCUGUACGACACGAGUAUCAGAACAUUACAAAACUGCAUGCAUGAUUGCUACGAAGAUUGCCCUUUUUAUGAACAGCUCCAAUACGCCAUGGACACACGCAGCUCUUGCCUCUUUACUUAUCACGUGUCUGGCGAUGAUCGUUUAGCCAGACAGGCAAUCAUACAGCUCCAUAGCUCGUUCCAGCCUCGCAUUGGACUUACAGCCAGUAGAGCGCCAUCGACUCAAUUGCAGAUCAUCCCCCACUUUUCCCUCUACUGGAUCUGCAUGCUGCAUGAUCACUUUCUCUACUAUGCAGACAAGACAUUUGUUAGGCCUCUUUUACCCGUUGUUGACGCUGUCCUGGGGUAUUUCCACGAACGCAUUGAUCACCGCCUUGAUCUUGUGAGUCUAAGGAAUGAGAAGGGUGUUUGGAACUUUCAUGACUGGGCUGAGCAGUGGAGGCCGUACGGUAUUCCGCCGUCAGCAGAGAAAUCUGGUGUUUCGACAUACACAAACAGUUUGUAUGCGUACACGCUCAAACUGGCGGCCAAGUUGCAGGGAGAGUGUGCAGGCCGACUUUCCCUUGCAGAAGAGUAUUCUCAUCGGGCUGGGCGAAUAGUCGAUGCGGUUAAGCGCCAGUGUUUUGAUGGGCAAUACUUCACCGACAGUAUUGCCGCCUGCUCAGACCCCGAGGCUGACCGUAGCCAGCACAACCAGGUCUGGGCAGUUCUCAGUGGUGCUGUACGUGGCGACAGCGCUCAGGCAUUACUUAAGUGCGCUCUGGGAAGUUCUCAAAGCGGUGCGCCACUUAUAAAGACAUCAAUCUCCAUGUCUUUCUACACAUUUCGAGCCAUCAGCACCGCAGGAGGAUCCUUGUAUGACGAACUGUUCCAUGUUCUAUGGCAGCCGUGGCGUCACCAAUUAUCCCUCGGUCUGACGACCUGGGAAGAAGACGACGUUUCACACCGUUCAGACUGCCACGCUUGGGGCAGCGCUCCCAUCUACGAAUUCUUGGCCGAGGUUGCGGGGAUACGGCCUGCAAAGGCAGGAUGGCAGGAGAUAGAGUUUGCACCGCGCCUCGGUCUUUAUACUUCUCUUGACGCGACCGUUCCGAUCUAUAGAGAGGGGAAGAUGGUGCUGGCAAAGGUUGGCUGGAGCUCUUUAGAUGGAGAGACACGAGUCACGUUGGGGAUUGAGGGGCUAGACGAAUCAAUCUCUGUGCAUGUCAAGUUGCCAGGAUGGCCUGUGAUGGUUGAGAAGAGCUCACAGAGCAUGUUAUUUACAUGGACAAGAUGUUAG